GGUUGAUCAUGACGGGGGAGAUCCCGACGACGGAACAAGUCGAGGGGUUAGCGAAGGACCUUGCGGCGCAAGCUGCGUUGCCGGAAUACACGCUCAAACUCCUCGAGGGUGGAUUACCGAGCUCGUUGCAUCCGAUGACGCAGUUAUCCAUCGCCGUCGCCUCUCUCAAUCACGACUCCAAAUUCGCGCAAGCCUACGAGAAAGGCGUGAACAAAAAGGAGUUGUGGAAGUAUGCGUACGAAGACUCCAUCACCCUCCUCGCCAAACUUCCCGCGAUCGCGGCGGGUGUGUAUAAGAACGCCUACGGAAAGGGACUCGGCGCGAGGAAGUGUGCGGAACUCGCGCAGGAGGGAGGGGAUUGGACGCAGCCGCUCGCGUUGGCGUUGAGUGGGGGUGAGGAAAGGAAGGGGUGGGCGGAUUGUUUGAGGUUGUAUUUGGCGUUGCAUGGGGAUCAUGAGGGUGGGAACGUGUCGGCGCAUACCUCGCAUCUGGUUGGGUCUGCGUUGGCGGAUCCCUUCCUUUCCUAUUCUGCUGCCCUCAAUGGACUUGCGGGGCCGUUGCACGGGCUUGCGGCACAGGAGGUCUUGACCUUCGUGAAGACGAUGCACGACGCCCUCGGCGCCGAUGCCUCCGAUACAGACAUCGAGGGGUAUUUAUGGGACGUGUUGAACAGUGGCCGCGUCAUCCCAGGCUACGGCCACGGCGUCCUCCGCAAAACCGACCCCCGCUUCACCGCCCUCGCAAAAUUCGGUUCAUCCUCCCCUACCCUCUCCUCCGACCCUCUCUUCCGUCUCGUGCAGCGCCUCCAAGCAAUCGCGACCCCCGUGCUCCAGAAACACGGCAAAACAGCCAACCCGUUUCCCAAUGUGGAUUCCCAGUCCGGAGCGUGUAUGCAGCAUUUCGGGUUGGAGGAGGCGCCGAUGUAUACCGUCGUUUUUGGGGUUUCGAGGGCGCUUGGGUGUUUGAGUCAAGGGGUUUGGAGUCGGGGGUUGGGGUUGCCGAUUGAGAGGCCGAAGAGUGUUAGUUUGAGGGUGUUGGAGGAAGGGGUUAAGGGUGCUGGAGCUGGAGCUGGGCAGGCCUGACUUAGCGCGUGGGAGGAUGCCGUUUUGGGAGGGGAGAAGGAUGGGAAUGGGAAGGAUGUGAAGGAGACGAAGGGAAAGAAGAGGAAGGGGGAGGGGGAUGAGAUCGAUUUUGAGGCUGUGGUAUAUA